UUUGAAAAUUGUACUUCAUAAUUAUUUUUUAUUUUUUUUGUUAUGUUAUAUAAUGAUCUUAUGGGUUUAGUGUUUUUUUUUCAUGAUUUCAAACUUCAACAUAGAUUAGUUGGAAGUGGAGUUUUAUAAUAUUUUUUUUAUUUAUUUUUUAUAAAUUUAUAAUGAUCUCAUGACUCAGGUCGUGAGUUUAACAGAUUAACUUAUUAUUUUUUGUAUUGUUUUUUUGGUUGAUUUUUUUUAUUGAUUUUAUCAUUCAACAUUGUGAUAGUUAAAAAUUAAGCUUUGUAUUUUUUAUUUAUUUAAAUGCUAUAGUGUUAUCUGAUCUCAUAACCCGAUGAGGUUGGUAAGUUGAUUGAGGUUGACUUUGUAUAUUUUUCUUGGUCCUCUUUAAUCAAAUAAUUUUUUAAUGGGGUUUCAUAAUUUUUUUUUAAUGUUAUUAUCUCAAUCUCAUAACUUGGAUUGCAAGUUUAGAAGACCUGAGUUUAUUGAGUUUAUUUUUUUGUCAUUUUCUAAUUGAUUAUUUAUUUUUAAUUUUACCCUUCAACAAUUCAAUCUUCUGUUUCUUCUUGUUUUUUUUAUCUUUCAAUAAUAUGUUAUUUUGGGGAUUGAGUUUCAUAAUUUUUUUUCAAUUUUUUUUUUGUGUGGAGGUAUCGUGGUCUAAUGGAUUUAUUUUUAUUUUUUCUUAAUUUCAAUCUUUAACAUUGGAUAUGUUAGAAUUGAAGCAUUAUAAUUUUUUUUAUUUAUUUUUUAUGAAGUUAUCUUAAUUUUAUGAUUUAGGCUACAGUUUUAAUAUGUUAUCCUAAUUGAUUUGAUUUAUUUUUUCAGUUUUUUUAAUUGAUUUUCUUUUAUUUUAUCUUUCAACAUUAGAAUGGUUGGAAACUAGAUUUUAUAGGUUUUCUAUUCUCUUUAUAAAUUUUAAGAAAGUGAUUUUGGUCCCUAUACUUAACAAAUAGGCCUGAAAAAUAAAACCCCAGGAAAAUAUUUUGCAAUCAAGUUACUAUAUGAUCACUUUUAUAGUGGCAUCCGGUAUAAGAGUGAAUUAUUGCAAAACUAAUUAUUAAAGGACAAUUUUUUUAAGUGUAAAAGUUAAUAUUUCAUGGAUGAUUGGUUACACAAAUGAAAAGGAGGUAAUCGUUACAAGAGUAAUUAGUACACGUGCUUGGUACCAGUGUAAAUGUUCAAAGGUAAAAAUAUUUACCAGGAAAAAUCUACAAUUUACCAGGAAAAUAAUGCUAAGUUCUUAGUGCAUGCUGCCUCUGGACAACCUUUUGAAUCUGAGUCUGGAGCUUAUAAUCCUGAGAGUACUUCAAAAUCUGUCAAAAAUGCAUUAGAUGCUUUCUACAGAUUUUCACGGCCUCACACUGUUAUAGGCACAGCUUUGAGCAUCUUACCAGUUUCUCUCCUUGCAAUUGAGAAGCUCUCGGAUAAUUCUCCACUAUUUUUCACAGGGGUGUUGGAUGCUGUGGCUGCUGCUCUCAUGAUGAAUAUUUAUAUUGUGGGUUUAAAUCAGUUGACCGACAUUGAAAUAGACAAGGUUAACAAGCCAUAUCUUCCAUUGGCGUCGGGGGAGUAUUCCAUAAGUACUGGUGUGAUGAUUGUUACAUCUUUCUCUAUCAUGAGUUUUUGGCUUGGAUGGGUCGUAGGUUCGUGGCCAUUAUUUUGGGCUCUUUUCAUCAGUUUUGUUCUUGGAACAGCAAAUUCAAUCAAUGUGAGUUGAUCGAGCUACCACUACAAAUGCUUGUGCACAUAUGCAAGCACACCUUUAAUUUCAUGCAUGCUUGUAUAUUCUUUUCCGCUAUUAUUUCUUUUAUUGGAAUUAAGGGGUCAAAAAUUAAAUAGCUAUCUUUUGUGUAUCUUGCAUUCUGCAGCACUUGUUUCUUGUUUACUAUAUAAAAAAUUUGCAGUUUUGCAUUGGUGAACUGUGCAUGGACGCGUCAUGCCAUUUUAGUGAUGUAAUUGAGCUAAUAAAGCUGAUGGACAUGUUUAGUUGUCUGCUCU